AGAAGAGGACAUAAACCGGCAUGUACAGAGUUCCCCUGAGGAUUGUACGGCCUUCCCUCACCAAGAGAUUUAUCUCUGUACUGCCCACCACCGAAGAUGAGCUGGAACUGUUUGGACCGAGGACUAUGAGAUCACCAAAGGAUGAGAUGACCCAGUCGCUUGUUGCUGAGAAGUUACUGUCUUUGUACUAUACCAAUGAGCUAUUGUCGCCGAGCAGUCUGGAAUCGUGGGGAGAUACACACGUUGAGAUCCAUAGGGAUAAAAAGUUAAGCGAACAUCUCCAUGCUAUUGGUGUGACUUCUGACGUCGAACAGUUACCUUUGGAAGAUCUCAUAUCCAAAAUACCCAGUGAUUCCAUAAAGGAACAGCUGAAGCACCUGUCUUCACAGAUUGGUCAUUAUAGAACUACUACGUAUGAAGAAUUGGAGCAGAAUAAGCCCCUGGGUCCAAGACGUGGGUUGCCAACUCCGUUGUUGAAAGUGAUUGAGAAAUACCAACGAGCCAAUAAACUGGAAAGCUCAUUCCUAUUUGAAAGCGCCAUUGCCAUUAUGAAAACACCCAUGUCAUCUUUCCCAUUGGUGGAGGUCUUGACAGGACUUGAGGAGUUUCCAAAUAAUACCAACCUCAGGGCAUUGGCCUGUAUAUUAGCUUCAACUGUUCCACAUGUUACUGAGGAGCAAUUCACCAGCGUACUGAGAACAUCGGUAAUUGCUGAGGACUAUGACCUCUUCAAUCAAUGUAUUGGGAAACUGAGGUUGAUCAACACCGACGUCCACAAUGGUACGUUUGUGAAGAAGAUCUCCAAAGGCUCCGACUCGUUACCUUGGCAGUUAUACUCCAUUGCACUUGAAGGCAUGCUUAAGCUGAAGUACUCGGAGAGUGAGAUGUCCAUAGCUAUAAAUAACCUACUCACAGGGAUAGUUGUUGAUAAACAGACCCAGGAGGUGAGUGUGAGGAUUUACUACAACCAGAGGAAGUCGAUGGAUGCUAACGUUUGGAACGUUCUUCCACAACGGCUAUUGGAACUACUCGCUGAGGUUGCGGUCAAGUUCGAAUUCGCAGAGUUAUUGAAGAAUUGUAUCAAGCAGAUGUCUGUCAACGUACAAACAGGUGUGAUAUCAAGACACCAGUUCCUGUCGUUGCUACAAAGACUGGAGGCGGAAACCUCGGGACAUAGCGAAACACUCUUGAGUACAAUCAAGGGACUACAGAGAUGAUUUCAAACACAUCGAAUGCAUUCACUGUUAUUUCAUACAUAUCUUGUCUGUACAUAGUUGUACUUGUUAGUACACACACAAUGUUCUCAGGAACUUCAUCUCCAUUGACCACACUAGUAAACAACCUUGGAAGAAAUCAUGCGACACAGGUUCGUCCUUUAGGAAACCCCAGUUCUUCAUAAAAACAGAGAACAGAGGGAGUCUUUUCGGUGGAUUGACAAAUAUUUUAUAAUCAUUUUAUAACAAGCGGUUG